GUCAUUGAAUAUGGUGGUUUCCUAUCGCUUUUUCCUGUGGUCUAGAAAGGCAGCAACUGGCUAGCAGCCUCGCCAUUCAGACAUAAAUUCAAACCGGCUGACUCAGACCUUUCUCAAUUCAUCUGCCUCUUUCCCUUCCUCUCUUUCUCCGUUGAGCUUACCAGCUACCCAAUAUUUUUUUUCUUUCUAUUGCAGUUUGCCAGCCACACAUUCAUUUUCCACAUUAACUUGAUCGAUGAUUAAUGAUUUGUAUUUCAAAUUUGUUUUAUCUCUUUUAUAGGAAUUACCAGUUGUUGUUUUGUUUUAUUACGACAGUUUUUGAUAGCUGGCUUUUUGAUCUUCAAAAUAGUUUUCGUUGACAGCUCUGAUACAAUACUUUUGUUUUGUGCAAAUUUUGAUUUCUCCAAAGUUUUUUUUUUUUUUUUUUGGGUUGGUUUUCUUCCUUGUAUUGGCAUAUCUUGUCCUCAAAGAAAAGAAGUGUUUUUGGAGUGACAGAAGAAUCACUUUUCUUGAGCACAGAGUUUCUGGAAAUUUAAAAAGGUGUCUGAAGAUCUCUCAAAUUAACUCCUGUUUUCCCAAAAAAUGAAGGGUGAAAACAGCAAUCCAUUUUCCAACCUCCUUAAUGGACAAUUGCACUUCUUCAGUGUCCUCUCUUAUUUCCUCCUCUUUUGCUGUGGCCUAAGUCUUGGAGUCCUACUCAGUUCUCAUCUCAAUAACUUUUCACUUGAUCUACGUAUCACACAAUUAGCUCUGACUACAAGAUCAGCACCACCAUUGGCGCCGCCGCCGCCGCCGCCUCCUCAAUCAUUUAAUCCGGCAGCUGAAACAUCUCAUGCCGGUCACUUAGGAUUAACAGAAUUUCUCAAGCCACCGCCAGUAAUGCAUGACAUGGAUGAUAAAGAGCUUUUGUGGAGGGCUUCAAUGGCUCCCCGAAUUCCCCAGUAUCCAUUCGACCGGGUUCCUAAAGUUGCCUUCUUGUUCUUGACAAAGGGGCCUGUUUUAUUGGCUCCACUGUGGGAGAAAUUCUUCAAAGGGUCUGAAGGGAUGUAUUCAAUCUACGUGCACUCCAAUCCAUCUUUCAAUCUGUCAGAGCCUAAAGGUUCAGUUUUCUAUGGCAGAAGAAUUCCCAGCAAGGAAGUUGAAUGGGGAAAAGUGAAUAUGAUUGAAGCGGAGCGCCGCCUUCUAGCCAAUGCACUGUUGGAUUUCUCAAACCAAAGAUUUGUUCUUCUCUCGGAAUCAUGCAUUCCACUGUUUAACUUCUCCACUGUAUACUCUUACCUCAUCAACGCUACCCAGAGUUUCGUGGAGUCGUAUGAUUUAGCUAGCUCCGUUGGGCGUGGUCGGUACAGCCGGAGAAUGAGCCCCCAAGUCACACUUGAUCAAUGGAGAAAAGGAGCACAAUGGUUCGAGAUGGACCGAGAGCUUGCCAUGGAAGUUGUCUCAGACCAAAUAUAUUUUCCAGUGUUCCACAAGUAUUGCAAGGGCGCUUGCUAUGCUGAUGAACAUUAUUUGCCAACAUUUGUGACCAUCAAGUUUGGGGAGAAGAAUUCCAAUAGAACUUUGACUUGGGUUGAUUGGUCCAAAGGUGGGCCUCACCCAGCUAAGUUCUCAAGCACAGAUGUGACAAUUGCAUUUUUGGAAAGAUUGAGAAGCAGAAGCCACUGUCAAUACAAUGGGAAUACCACAAAUUUAUGCCACCUGUUUGCUAGAAAGUUCUCGCCCGAUGCUCUGUACAGGUUGUUGGAAUUUGCACCGAAGGUCAUGCAUUUCCACCAGUGAUAUAUUCAUAAAAAUAUAUAUAUAUAUAUAUAUUACAUUUCUUUAUUCAUUUUUGUAUUCAUUUGGGUUAAAAAUGCCCCAUAAAUAUCAAUCAAACUACUUUUCAUUUUUUUUUUUUUUAAUCCUAGUCCUUGAUUUGAACUUCAUGUAGCAAUUUGGUGGAUAAAAACAAUCGAGUACCAUCGAUAACAAAUAGAAAUAAACACUAUAACGUCGUCAGGCGA